AUGGCGGACGAGCGAGCGUGUCCUUCUGCGCCUUGCCCUUGUGCCCCAGGAAACGGCCUGCGGGCGGCUCUCCGGAGGGACUCUCCGGGACACGGCGCUGCUGGGGCGGGACGGGUCGGGCUCCGCCCGCUGCUCCUCUCCGGGUUUCGGUGCCUGCGCGGUGCGGCGACACCGGCCGGUCCCCCCCUGCCGCCGGCGGGGCCAGCGGGAGCCCCUCGCCCCGGCGCGGUGCCGGGCUCCGCCGCGGCGCUCCGGGAGGCGUCCCAGCCGGUGCUGGGCUGCUGCACUGGGAGGCGGCAAGGCACGGGGAGGUGCGAGGCUGACGGUGGGCUCGCCGUGUCGCUGACCCCUCUCCUCUCCGCCAUGGCUCUGUCCUGCGCGUUGAGGCUACCACCCCGGCUCCUUCGCCCUUCCAGUGCUCUCUUGAGCAGCCUGCCCGGCGGGGACCGCAGCCUGCCGAUGGAGAAGAAGACAGCGGCAAAGUGGAAGGAGAAGAAAAAGGCCAGGGAGGGCUCCAGCCUGCCAGGUUCCUCGUGGGAGGAGAGGUUAGCAAACGCGGUGACUCCGCUGUGGAGACUUCCCUAUCAAGAGCAGCUGCAGGUGAAGUACGAAAGCCAGAGGAAGGUUUUGCAGGCACUGGCAUCUCAUCUUGAGGAGCUGGGCAUUGAAGCACAGAAACCUGGUGGAGUCUGCUGUCCUCUCCAGCCUGUAGUCCCUUCGCCCGUCAUUAAUGGCUACCGAAACAAAUCUACGUUCUCUGUGAACCGAGGACCAGAUGGGAACCCCAAAACCGUGGGGCUGUAUGUGGGAACUGGCAGAGAAGGAAAUAUAGUCUGUGUGAAAGCCAACCGCAUGGAGAACAUACCCCCAAAACACAAACAAGUAGCCCAGUGCUAUGAGGAGUUCAUCCGUCGCUCCCCCCUGGAGCCCUGCAUCCUCUUCCACGAAGGCGGACACUGGCGGGAGCUGGUGGUACGCACCACCAGCCGUGGCCACACCAUGGCCAUCGUCACCUUUCACCCCCAGGAGCUGGGCCAGGAGGCACUGGCUACUCAGAAAGCAUUGCUGAAGGAGUUCUUCACGUGUGGGCCUGGAACAGUCUGUGCCUUGACUUCGCUUUAUUUCCAAGAGAGCACUAUGACACGCUGCUCCCACGAGCAGUCCCCCUUCCAGCUCCUUCACGGAGAACCCCACAUCUUCGAAGAAGUCCUUGGCCUGAAGUUUCGCAUCUCUCCGGAUGCCUUUUUCCAAGUAAACACAGGCGGAGCAGAAGUUCUGUACCGGGCGGUCGGGGAGCUGAGUCAGGUUGAUGGGGACACCGUCCUCCUCGACAUCUGCUGUGGAACGGGCACAAUCGGUCUCUCUCUGGCUCACCAAGUGUCCAAGAUCAUUGGUGUGGAGGUGGUGGAGAAGGCGAUAGAGGAUGCCAGGUGGAAUGCAGCAUUCAAUGGAAUUUCAAACUGCGAGUUUCGCACUGGAAAGGCAGAGGCCGUGUUACCACAACUCCUGUCGUCUUGGGAGGAUGCCCGACCCCUUGUCGCUGUGGUGAACCCAUCUCGGGCUGGACUCCAUCACAGGGUUGUGCGAGCCAUCCGAAACUGCGCGGCCAUCCGAAGGCUGCUCUACAUCUCCUGCAAGCCAGAGGGCGAAGCCAUGAGGAACUUCCUUGAGCUGUGCUGCCCGCCUGACCCGGGGAAGAAGCUGGCAGGAGAGCCGUUUGCCCCCACGUUGGCUAUACCCUUUGACAUGUUUCCUCAUACUGUGCAUUGUGAGCUGGUGCUGCUGUUCACCCGCUGAGGAGGAGGCAGGUACGCCGGCUCCGAGAGCUUGGGCAGCAACCUCCUCCUGUCCUCAAGACCGGAGGCGACAUAGUUAGGAUUUUAACUUAUUUCCUUGAAAGUUGUAUAAAAAUAAAUAAUUUGGCUUUUGCUCUUGUUUUGGGUUGCCUAACCACACUGUUCUGUAAGGAAACACUCGGAUUGCUGGGGUGAAAAGGUAACACUUCAUCACCUUUUCCUCCCCUGCAAACCUCCUCUUGGGCUGCUGGUUAAAGCAGCCUGGAAAAUACCCGCUCCCUGGUAUUGUGGGUUUUCACCAUCGACAUGUGAAUGCAAAGUACUAAAAUCCACCGUAUUUUUCUAAUACUGCCAUGCCAUUAGUUCUCUGCUUGCUUCAAGGAUAUUUCAGGUGUUUUUCAAGUUGAUAGCGAACUUGCUAUGAAGAAACUGUAGGAACUAGAAAUCCUCAUGCUUUACAGAGAAAAUGUUGAGCUUUUGGGGUCAGGGAAAUGUUUCCUGUAUAAACUUCCAAACCCAAUAGUGAAUCGCUGUCGGUCACGUGGGUAAGUUAGAGACAAUGAGAAAGAUUUUUCCGUAAAAUGAAAUGAAGAGAGAACAAAUUUCAGCGUCUCUCUCUCUCCAUCUCUGCCUCCCGCUUCCCCGCUAAUGCUGGUACCUAAAUAUGAAGGGCCCUGUGAAAAUGUCAGCAGCAACAAGUUAUUUCCUUAUCAGGUUGCUCUGCAAUAGCUAAUUAAAAAAUGUGGUGUGUUUUGUAUCUGUCCUGCCACGCUCACUGACUGGCAAACAGCGAACCUCAAUGUUAGAUGAAGUUC